AUGGCGGUCCCGUUGCUUACCAAGAAGGUCGUGAAGAAGAGGUCUGCCAAGUUCAUCAGGCCCCAGAGCGACCGAAGAAUCACCGUCAAGGAAAGCUGGAGACGGCCUAAGGGUAUUGACUCUAGGGUCCGGAGAAAGUUCAAAGGUGUGACUUUGAUGCCCAAUGUGGGAUACGGAUCUGACAAGAAGACUCGCCACUACCUUCCCAAUGGAUUCAAGAAGUUCGUCGUUCACAACACGAGUGACCUCGAGUUGUUGAUGAUGCACAACCGUACCUACUGCGCAGAGAUCGCUCACAACGUUUCCACCAGGCUGAGGAAGUCCAUUGUCGAGAGAGCCUCCCAGCUUGACAUUGUUGUCACCAACAGGCUUGCUAGGCUCCGCAGCCAAGAAGACGAGUGA